UACCCAAAAGUGGACCUAAUAUUACACAGAUUAAUGCAACCAGCUCCACUUCAAUCGCCGUUACAUGGGGAGUGGCACCUGCAGAGGAUACCAAUGGAAUUAUAACUCAUUACUUCGUAUGUUAUAAACCUCAAACAUCUUCAAAUGAUAUAUGUUCUGUCACGAAAAGACUUAAUGGUGUUAACAACAGAAGCACAGUAUUAAAUGGUUUGAAUGAAUUCACUAACUACGAAGUCGCUAUUCAAGCUGCUACUUCAAAGGGAAAUGGGACACAUGGAGCAAUAAAAAACGUAAAAACUCUCCAGGAUGGUAAGUUUCAAUAAGGUAUAUAGUCUACGAUUGAGCAAGGGCAUCAGGUUUGAAUAUCCAAUGAGUAUAAAGUUGUAAUCAAAUCAGGAAUGUGUGGGGGGGAGGGAUGUCACAUAAUUGUGUACAAAAACAUUUAGUUUUUACAAGUGUGAAGUCGAGCUGCACUCAUUAAGUCUCAGGUUCGUUCAAGCCACAGGUUUCAGGGCAAAAAAUCAUAGAAACAGAUUUUUUAAAGCCCUGCAAACCUAAUGCAGAAACUUAAGGUUUUUUCAACUAUAUUGGAAAAAUCAUCAUAUAUAUAUGGCAGUUAUAUAGUGCACACAUUUGUGUCUAUGAUUCCGUAUGUUCGUUUUGAUUUCUGUAUUCGCGAUAGCAUUGAAUACACGUAUUAUUUCAACGAGUUUGUUACAACAGUAUUGAUUGAAUGUUUUCAAGAACAUAUACUACAGUUUUAUUGCGACUGGACCUAUAUAUACUGCUAUAAUACAGUUUUAUUGUUACUUCCUGAAAGAAAUAGAACAUUUUUUUUUAGAUAAAUAUCCCAAAACCCAACAUAAAGUGCGGCCAUGUAUGUCCCAUUGAAGUUAUUGUUUUCGAAACUUUUCGUAUUAAAUUUCUUCUAUAAACGUGUUUUUCAUAGAACUUUUGUGGUCCAAUUAGAAUUAAUCACCAAAUGAACUUUUGCGGUUUUUUAUUCGUGCAUAUAAUUAUACGUGUUUUACCAACACAAGAACGGAAAAUAGAAAUUUUCAUUGCAUGCACUCUCAAUUUCCAUGCAUCUGUAUUCAUGCAGCGACAGAAUUGAUUUAUCCGCACUGAAUACAAAGGUUUUUUCCGCAACGCUCUCUUGCAAAUGUUUUCGAUGGAGUUUAUCACUUCCCAUCGCACAAUUUUUUAUAAUAACCGCUACUAGUUUGGUCGUGCCAAAAUAAUGAAUUGGAUUAUAAAAACUGUGUGCUUAAUGGCGAAUCAAGUCCGUCUACUCGCACCAAUCCCAUCUUUACUCAUCCAAUAAAGCAAGGAGAAAAUUCUGAGGCGGACGUCUGGCAAGUCUGCGUGAAAAUCUGUAUGAACUGCCCAAGUUCGCCUUUUUCAUUCAAAAAUCGAACGGAGAUAUUCGCCCCUCAAUACAUUGACCUCCCAACUGAUAGUAAAAUUUUCAUGGGUGCAUGUAAUGCUUCAUCAAACGCGAUUUUUGGCAAGAUUUGCCAAGGUUUUUCCCCUUCUUGAGAUCAAAUUGGAGCUCAGGAUUCAAUGUCAAAAUCAUCUGCAGUAGGAAAGUUAAUUUUUCGGCGUCAUUUAGCAUGACGACCUAUUUUGAACUAUAGCUUCGCCACUGCUCAUUCUUGCAUGGGUACAAAUCCGACUUCGACGAAAUUGCUCUCAAUUCCACAAUUCCGUUCAUGAAAUGUAAUUUUUUAUAUGCAUGGAUUGCUUUAGUUCUUAAAUUAUGGAAAAUAUAAAAAAAAAUUAAAAUAGUAAAUUUUGCUAUCCAGGGAGGUGGUCAACUUUUGCUCUCUUAAAAGUGGCUUGCGCACGGAAGUGACAAACGGUAUUCUUUAUUCGAGUUCAUGUAUCAAAAGUUCGCUAUUUGUUGCAUUUAUGAUAAAAUUUCGGCAGGAUUUUACCGAGAACAAAUCCUCCGAAAAGCCUAUAAAAACGUUACAUUUUUCUCUGUUGGUGCUGUUCUUGCUUCAUUACGAAUUCAAUUUUACUCCCAUGAAAGUUCCGUGGAAUUUCCAUGGUAUUUGUGCUUUCGAGUUGUUUGUGCUGAAACGCAUUCUCUCGUAUAAUACCCCGUACACUUGGAAAUGGCCAUACCACAAUUUACCCCGCAGCAGAGAGCUUUUAUGCAUAGUAUCAGAAUUCCUCCGGAGGAACAACAUAAACUUGGUUCGCAAAAGUUUCACGAACGAAUAUCCAUAUGUACGAUGCCCUUCACGUAUUCGCACGUGAAGGGCAUCGUACAUCUGGAUAUUCCUUAGCCUCUUGAAACUUUGCCCUACCCUUAAGAUUUCCGAGUUCAAAAUGUAUUAAAUAAUAUUUUCAGAUCAUUCAUAUACUGUAAUUCUUUUUGAAGAAUCUACAGUAUAGAAUGUAUAUAAUUUUGUUAUAUAUACAGCUAAUUCAAAAAAGGUUGUCCUUUGCAAACCUUAAACUCUAAACCUUAAACCUUAAACUCUAAGCGCACAAAGCUUAAUGGGAGCACAAGUUUCAAGCUUAACAGUUGAAUAUCACAUUUUUUGUGAAUGAAUUGUUCUCAUUAGGAGAUAUUUACCAUGUUUCCCAUAUGGACCCCAUCUAUGAAUUCUAAACUGAUUAAAAGAAGCUCUCAUUAAGCUUCGCACGCUUAGAGUUUAAGGGUUGCAACGGACAACCUUUUCUGAAUUAGCUGUAUAUAUAUAUAUAUAUAUAUAUAUAUGUAUAUAUAUAUAUAUAUAUAUAUAUAUAUAUAUAUAUAUAUAUAUAUAUAUAUAUAUAUAUAUAUAUAUAUAUAUAUAUAUAUAUAUAUAUAUAUAUAUAUAUAUAUAUAUAUAUAUAUAUAUAUAUAUAUAUAUAUAUGCUGGAGAUUACCCAGUAUAAUAAAGACAGCUAUAGAGUAAGUAGCCAUGUUAGUAAAACAAGUUUCCUUCGUUAGGUGAAUCAGGUUGUAUGUAUAUGUAUGAUGCUUUGCAAGUAUCAUACGUGGAAGUUUGGACUUUCUUGUAUACUGUCAUUGAUAUACAACCUUAAUUACGGAAAAAAAUGUUUCUGUGAUUUUAGGCAGCAAGACACCUAGAGAUUGUCGUUCAGGCUCGUUCACAAACACAUCACGAUCAUCCAUUUGCCAGGAAUGUCCAGAAAGAUAUUACUGUAUUCCUAACAAUGUCACCGCUGGUGAUCCACAGUCAGGCUAUCAUGCUUGUCCGAGAGGUUAUUACUGUCCUCCAGGUAAGUUUCAAAAAUCAAAAUGUGGGAUGCAUGUACUACAUGCAUCAUAGUCAUAGUGACUACGCCAGCUUGUACCGUAAUUCUUUUUUAGUUCAAUACCACAUUUGGAUCCUACGAAUUAUAUAUGAAAAAAAACCUGUUUGCAAUAUAGGUUAUUAUGAGACAAUCAACCACAUAAGAGUCAAUCUUUAUUGUUCUUACUAUUGAAAAGGAUAGCAAUCUUUUCUUGCAAUUUGGAAAACAAGCAUUUGUACUCUUCAUAGCUUCCAUAUAGCAAUGUCUCGUCUUGCCGACUCGAGCCUUGGAAACCCUUCAAACCAUACUAAUAGAUAUUAUAUUCUCGUCUUGUUCUUUUCUAGGAACUGGUCUUGACUGGAAAUCAUGUCCUAAGGGAUCAUAUAGCAAUUCUACUGGUCUAAGCGUGGAGUCUGAAUGCGAACCCUGUGAUGGUGGUUUUUACUGUGAUAAGCUCAACGCCACUAAACCAACGGCCCAUUGUCAUGGUGGUUAUUAUUGUGAAUCUGGUGUUGAUAGACCUGAUCCCAUACACAGCGGGAAUGCAACUAACUUUUCCAAUAAUUGUAGCAUUUACGGAUAUCAUACUGGUAAGUCGUCACUUGCUUCAAAGCUAGUCAUGUAGAAACCUGAUUUCCUAGAAAAGAAUGAGUGUUUCCUAUUCCAACGUAUUACUAAUAAAUUAUAUUGUAAUUGCCGUGUGGAUCAAGACUUUAGUAUCCGGAACUUUUCAAAAAGACCAGCUGGCAAAGAUCAACUAUAUAGGAAUUAAUUCUACCGCAGUAAAAAGCAUAAACAUAUAUAUACACCAGAUUUUAAUUAAGUUUGAAAUGGCACUGUACUAGGACAAUCCUUUUCAAUACAUACCGAAAUGAAAUUAUUAUCACAUACACCUUUCGCCAUUGCGCAUACAUGCAUAGUGAAAUAAUGCAGUGUCCAAACUAAAUAUAGGACAUUUUGCAAAAUUUUAUUUAUUGGUUUCCGUUUCUCAUUCUCUUUUGAGCUCUGCAUGUUUAGCGUUUUAUACCUCAUAUUGAAGUACAUUGAAAUUCGUCUUGUUAGCAUGAUAUUAAAGUUAAACCUUUUUAUUUCAAGAACUCAUCCUUCAAAUUAAGAAAUAUUUAGCAGUAGUUUCUUUAUCUGAAAAUAUAUCAGUUCUGAAAUUAUUCAAUUAUAUGGCAUAUAGGCACAUUAGAGCGUGGGAUACCCUAGUUCUACAAAAAGCGUUAUUUCCUUACAGGUGAACCAUGCUGUAAAAUAUAUCGCAUUUUUUUAGGUUUUGGUGGUAUUUGUCCAGUAGGAUAUUACUGUCCACAUGGUUCUGUCACACCAGUUGGAUGUCCUGAUGGAUCAUAUCAAGACCAGCCUGGCAAGACAUAUUGUAAAUCAUGCCCAGCUGGUUAUUAUUGUCAAAAUAAUGCUUCAUCUUAUGUCAGCAACGAAUGUCCCGUGG